AUUCGAAACGUCACUGGAAACUCCAUUUUUGCGGGGUGUAUUUGUUUUCCAAAUUUCUUUUGGCUCUUUUCACGUGGUUUUUUGCAAUUCUGAACACCUGUCUCGCCCACAAUGGCCCUAAGAUUGGUUAAAUUGACCCAGAACAUUGUGGUUCCGGCAGUUAAUCGGAGCUAUUCCGUGGCUGCAGCGGCAGAGAUUCAGCACAAGAGUCCCCUGCAGAAGAAACUUACCAAAAUCCCCAAUGCUCAAUACGGAGGACGACAUGCGGUCACAAUGCUUCCCGGAGGAGGAAUUGGACCAGAACUGAUGAACUACGUUCGCGAUAUCUUCAGCUACGCUGGGGUUCCGGUGGAUUUCGAGGUGAUUGAUAUUGCUGGAACGGAGGAGGGGAAUGAAGAUCUUGAUUAUGCCAUAACAUCGAUUAAAAGGAACGGUGUGGCAAUCAAGGGAAAUAUUGAGACAAAGAGUGAAGAAGCGGGAGUUAUCUCGCGAAAUGUAGCUCUGAGGAAUGAAUUGGAUCUCUUUGUGAAUGUUAUGAAUUGCAAGACAUACCCAGGUAUCCUUACGAGGCAUCAGAAACCUAUUGAUAUUGAUAUAGUGAGGCAGAAUACUGAGGGGGAGUAUGCUAUGCUGGAACAUGAGAGUGUUCCGGGAGUUGUAGAAAGCAUGAAGGUGGUCACGAGGGAAAAUUCUGAGAGAGUUGCUCGUUUUGCCUUUGAACAUGCUCGUGCAUGUGGCCGAAAGAAGGUUACAACCAUCCACAAGGCCAAUAUUAUGAAGCUCUCAGAUGGGCUUUUCCUCGAGGUGUCUCGGGAAUUGUCCAAAGAGUACCCAGAAAUUGAGCACAAUGAUAUGAUCAUUGAUAAUUGCUGCAUGCAACUCGUUUCUAAUCCCUAUCAAUUUGACGUGAUGAACACGACAAAUCUCUAUGGGACAAUUAUCACAAAUGUUAUUUGUGGAUUAAUUGGAGGAGCUGGAUUGCUCUCCGGAAAGAACUAUGGUGAUCACUAUGCCAUCUUUGAGCCCGGAACUCGAAACACUGGAACUGCCAUUGCAGGGAAGAAUAUCGCGAAUCCAGUUGCUAUGUUAAAUGCCUCCGUUGACAUGCUUAAUCACCUGGGCCACAAGCAUCAUGCAUCAAUCAUCUCUGAAGCUAUUCACAAGACUCUAGUGGAUGAUAAUCUGCGCACCAAAGAUAUUGGCGGAACUAAUAGCAGCAGUGAGAUUGUGGAGAAUAUCAUCAAGCAUCUCUCAUCGAAGGUGACCCACUGGCCUGUUGGACUUGAUAUUACUAAUUAAAAUAAUAACCAGAAAUGUCCCAAGAAUAAUCUUAAGAAAAAUGGCAUUUAAAAUUCAAGAAACCCUCCAUAUAAAACGGUUAAUUGAAUUUAAAGUGCAAUGACAAAAAAAAAAUUAAAGAAAAAAAAGAUGAUGAAAAAGAUUUCAACAAUGUUGCAAAAAUAAAAUCAAACUGAUAAAUGGAUCUAUGAGAGUAUUAUUUAAGUAAAUUAUUUAACAGGAGAAUCUUGUGUGAGGAAUCAUUGUACAACAGAAUAUUUUAUUUAGUAGAUGGGGCAUGUAAUGUCCGAAUUGCAGUCAUGUUCACAAAUUAUACCAAUUUCUGACGAAAUGUUGAAAAAUAAAAGAUUGUUUCAAGUGAAA